CCCGCCACUCCGUCGCCGACGACAAUCACGAUGUCUUUGCCAUGGGAGGUCCGCAUGUCCAGUUCGCGCAAGUUACCCUACUUCUACAACACCGAGACGUCCCAAUCAGUCUGGGAGCCACCCGAGGAGCUCACGCAGGAGGAGAUCGAUGCUCUUCCCGGUGCAAAGGAACAUCUGCUCAAUCAGGGUGCCGGCGCACGUCCAGCGCAAGUGCGCGCGAGCCAUUUGCUCGUGAAACACAAGGGAAGCAGGAGGCCGAGUAGUUGGAAAGAGGCCAAUAUUACUCGCUCGAAGGAGGAGGCCAUCGAGAUUCUGAAGGGAUAUGCUGCAGAGAUCGACGGUUCGCCUGAGAAGUUCGCUGAGCUUGCAAGCGUACACUCGGACUGCUCUUCGCAUGCUAAAGGCGGCGACCUUGGAUGGUUCGGACCUGGUCAAAUGCAAAAGCCCUUCGAGGACGCGACAUAUGGACUCCAAGUCGGCCAGAUCAGCGACGUGAUCAGCACGGACAGCGGAGUGCACCUUAUCCUGAGGACCGGUUGA